AUGGCCCGCAAGCCCCUCCGCAUCCUCUGCUUCGGCGACUCGCUCACCUCGGGCUACUUCUGCUUCGGCAUGGACUCGCACCCGUACUCGCUGAAGCUCGAGGACAAGCUCACCGGCGCGCUGCCCGGCGUCGACGUCGAGACCGUCACCAACGGCGUCCCCGGCGAUGUCGCCACCUUUAAGCGCUUCACCGACCGCAUGAGAGACGAGUACAGCAAAAGCUCAUUUGACUGGGCCAUCGUCCUUGCCGGGACCAACGACUUGGCAUAUGGCAUCUCCACUACAAGCAUUUAUGAGUCCCUCCAGGAAACUUGGAACAUAGCUCUUUCCAAGGGAAGCAAAGUCCUCGCCCUCACUGUCCCCGAGUGCGAGUCCAGGUCAGAGAAGCUCACCAAGAGGCGAGACGAGCUCAAUCGCAGCAUUAUGAAUCACCAACAACCCAACUUCCACUGCUUCGACCUUAGAUCUCACAUCCCGUUCCACUCCCUUUCCGAGGAUGACCGCGAAAAAUACUGGGACGACGGCCUGCACCUGCGGGACGAUGGAUACGACUGGAUGGGAGGCCACAUCGCCAAUGCCCUGAUAAGCAUCAUCAAGCAAGGUGGAGAGCCGGGGCCAGCAACCUCAACGGCUAGGAGGCGGUCAUCUAGACCGUCUAGAGAGGAAUCAUCUCUUUUAGAGGAGACCGGCAACCCUCGCAACAUCAGCGAGGGGUAUGUGGUCGUCAGGAAGAAAGACCUGGACUGA